AUGCACCAGACUGGAAACUCCAUCAAGCUACUCACGGGUAACUCCCAUCCCAGAUUGGCAGAAGCCGUAGCAGCUCGCCUCGGUAUCCCCUUGACCCCAUGCCACGUAUCCAAAUUCUUAUCAUUAGAAACAUCCGUUCAGAUCCAUUCGUCGGUCAGAGACGAAGAUGUUUUCAUACUUCAAUCUCCUUCUCCACCCGAUAUCAAUGAUCAUCUGAUGGAACUGUUAAUUAUGAUUUCCGCUUGUAAGACAGCUUCCUCGAAACGAAUCACAGCUGUCAUCCCCUGUUAUCCCUACGCUCGACAGGAUAAGAAAGAUAAAUCGAGAGCUCCCAUCACAGCCAAACUCGUAGCGAACCUCUUGGCAGUCGCAGGAGCCGACCACGUCAUAACGAUGGAUCUCCACGCCUCUCAGAUCCAAGGUUUCUUCGAUAUACCUGUAGAUAACCUGUUCUCCGAACCUAGCAUGGUUCAGUAUAUCAAACAGGAAGUAGAAGGUUGGAGAAACGCUAUUAUCGUCAGUCCUGACGCGGGUGGUGCCAAGAGAGCCACAGCGUUAGCCGAUCACUUGAAUCUCGAUUUCGCCCUUAUCAACCGUAAACGUAAACGAGACAUGGCAGCGUCCAUGACUUUACCUACCGUCCCACCAACACCAACAGGUUCAGAUUCAGGCUCAACAUCAGAAGACAACGAUUCGUAUUUUGUUGAAAAGAUGGAAUUGUUAGUUGGUAAUGUAAGAGGUAAAGUGGCGAUCUUGCUGGAUGAUAUGAUCGAUACGGGUCAUACAGUCAGACUUGCUGCGGAUGUGUUGAGGGAGAAUGGUGCUAAGGAAGUUUACGCGUUGAUCUCUCAUGGUUUAUUAUCCGAUACUACCAUGGAGAACCUACGUGAUCUACCAGUUAAAAAGUUGAUAGUCACCAAUUCGAUUGAUCAAACUGAUAGGAUCAAAGCUACAAAUGAUAAGAUUGAUAUCAUCGAUAUCGCUCCGGUCAUUGCUGAAAGUAUAAGAAGAACUCAUAAUGGUGAAUCGAUUUCAGCUUUAUUCAGACCUAAUGAAUUGUUCAUUUAA